GGAUAAAAAUAGAUCUGCAGAGAUGAAUAUUUACUCCAUCUCAUCGGGAUAAAUGACAGAACUAGACUAACUGGGUAAAACCCCACAGCUGCCCUGGUUUCUCUGGACCACUUCCUGGUGCCUUGUGUUCCAGUUCAGUCAGGGAAGGGAGUCAUCUCGCUCCGGGUUUCACUCUUUGUUUUCUUCCAUCGGGUCCAAACCAGGAAGUGAAAGCAGGACCUGCACCUGGAGCCGCACGUCCAGGGAUUUCACGUGGACCAGGAGCAGGUUUUAGCAGAACCUUCAGGACUCGUUAAUCCGUUGAAAACAAUGACCCUGGUCUCAGACACGGACCGGUCUCCGUGGAGCCGCUGGACCUGGUAGAACCUGUAGACACAUCAGAUCAGACCAGCAGUCCCGGUGAAGCGGAAGUUGUCCGUGCGGAUCCCGGUCCUCCUCUGGUCCCGGUUCAGGUCAUGUCCGCCGGUUCGUCUUCGUCCUUCUGCGCCUUCCUGACCGGAGCAGCAUGGAGCCCGGCGGACGGCGGCUCUGCAGACACGGGGCCGGUGGGCGGUAGCCGUUAGCCGUUAGCGGCGCUAUGCGGUCGGACGUGGAGUACAGCCCGGUGGGAGAGGGGCUGGGGAUGCGGGACUUCUGGCUCUAUGUGUGGAUGCGGAGGGCGGCGGUGAUAGCGGCUCAUGUCACCGGCCUCGGCCUGACCCUGGUCAUCUGCAUCCUGUCCAGACCCGGAACCAGUUUGUUUUCGUGGCAUCCAGUGUGCAUGUCUGUGGCAUACUGUCUGUGUAUGACCGAGGGCAUCCUCCUCUUCUCGGCUGAAGGAUCUCCGUUCUGCUUUAAGUCUCGUAAGGGUAAAGUCCGCCUCCACUGGUUCUGUCAAGCUCUGGUCUUGAUCGCCGCGGCAACCGGACUGGGCUUCAUGGUGGCCAGUAAGAAUGUGUCAGAGCGCCCCCACCUGGUGUCGUGGCACAGCGUUCUGGGCAUGUGCACGCUGGCGGCGACCGGGCUGCAGGCGGCCUGCGGUCUGUUCGUCAUGUUCCCGAAGCUGCUGCGUCUGUCGUCCUCGGUCCCGCCCAGACUCAAGCUGUACCACGCCACCUGCGGCCUGGUCGUCUACCUGCUCGCCACCGUCACUGUGGUGUUGGCCAUGUUCUCCGAUUGGUUCCAGGCCACUGUGAGGGGCGUGGCCUGGUGGGCGUUCCUCCUGCUGCCCCUGUUCCCCGCCCUGGUGGUGAUGAACCAGAUCACCAACGCCUACCUGCCCCGCAAGAAGAUCACCAGCUAGAACCACCAGGACCGGGUCCAUAUCCCGACAGGACCCACCAGGACCAGGUUCACACCCAAACAGGACCCACCAGGACCAGGUUUACGUCCUGUCAGAAAGAUGAACUACUGAAACAUUUAACGCCACAUUCUGUCAGUCCUUGAACGCAUCAUGGGGACACGAGGAGUCUGAGGAGUUUCAGAUCAGAAUAUAAACCGCACAUCCUGUUUUGGAGACAGACAGAGCUGGACGAUAAACAAAAAAACAACCGUAUCAAUCACUUUAAAUAAUCAGGGUUCCUACGGGGUCUUAAAAAGUCUUAAAAGUCUUGAAUUUACAAAUCUGCAUUUAGUAUCAUAAAAAAGUCUUUAAAAGGCAUUACAUUUGAUAUGGUAGGUCUUAAGUUCUGUUGCCACAAA